CCCAAAUUUCCUCCUCAUCCAUUAUACCCCAAAAAAAAUCCUCCGAUCUUUUCCCAUCCAUUUUCCCUGCCCCAAAUUUCCUCCUCAUCCAUUACAGAUUCCUUCAUCGCCUCUGUAAUCUCCGAUCCCCAUUCCAUCUGCCCCAAAUUUCCUCCUCAUCCAUUACAGAUUCCUUCAUCGCCUCUGUAAUCUCCGAUCCCCAUUCCCUCUGCUCGCCUUCUCCUCUCGCCGGCAAGCAAGCAAGAUGAUGGACGCACACAUCAAAUCCAAAGAACGCUUCGUCUACUGUCUGCCAUCUCGAAUCAAAAGCCUGCCGCCCGCCCCCUCAUUUUCUCAUCUGCUAAUUCGGGCAGCAAUUCAUCGGCAUCAAUUCCAAACAAAGCUUCGUCUGUCAUCUGCCUAUUUGAUUCAGAACACAGCCCCUCAGGAGUAUUCUUCCAGUUUAGAAACGCAAUGGGUAAUAUGCAAUUCUAUUGAAUUUAGCAGGAAGUGAGCCUAUGAAGGGGCUCUGCGAAUUUGUAUAUUUAUCAAAUAUUUUCUCCUUUUUAACUCAUUUGUUAAGAUUUAUAUUUCAUUAUAUUCUUUUAAUAUCAUCUUCUUCAUCGUUUGCUUCACAUGUAGAUUCAAAUUGAUGUUCUCCACAUCGUUUCAGCCAUCGGUGAAUUAACGCAAAGGUCAUCCUAGAAGGGCAGGGUACAUUUAUCAAAGCCACAAUUCCGCUCCAGUUAAUUCCGCAGCUUGAAGAUAAAUUCGAAGAAGGAAAAUUGUAUGCAAUAAAGAACUUUGAAGUAAAAGAAAAUCAGGGCAAUUGGAGGCCAACUCCCCAUCCAUAUCGUUUGUUCUUCACAGAUAAUACAAAAAUCGCUUACCAAGAAGAUAAGAAGCAUGACUACUUCAGGCAAAGCGUCUAUAAAAUCACAGAGUUUUCUGAUAUUAUUAAUGGCCCCGAUGUAGUGGGUGCUAAUUUGUUGGAUGUCAUGGGUGCAUACAAUCCGGAUGAUGCUCCAUUCAAACCAGAUGACUUCAGUAAAUCUUGGUGUAGAUUUCAGAUAACCAAUCUACAGUUAAUAGAAUUUUAAUUACUAAAUAUAUAAUUUAACAAGCAUAUUUUUAUUGUUCUUUAAUCAUUAGUUUAUAAUUUACAUCCAGGAACAUUAAAAUUUGGUGCACAUUGUGGGGUGAUUAUUCUGCUCAAUUUUUGAGAUUCUUAGAAGUUCCCAGGCAAAAUCCUGUUAUUGUGCUCUUGCAAUUGGGACGAAUAAACAAGCGUUUUGGUACUUCUGAUGAGUGGUUUUUCUAUAUUCAAAUGUCUUAAAUAUAUUCUACAUUUUUUUAGCAAAUGACAAUCAUGAUUUAAUGCAGCCGGUGAUACAAAAGGUGUGUCUUCAGCAUUACAUUUCACAAAAUUGUUGUUGGAUGAUCACAUUCCUGAUAUCGAUGAUUUUCGAGAGCGGUAUAUAUUAUUUUUAAUAGAAUUUGCAAUACAUAUUGACAAUUGCAUUCAAAUUAUACUUUGAAUUAUUUCGAUAACGAUAAUUUUGAAAUGAUUUCUUUCUUGAAGCUAUAUGAUCAUGAUGCAACAACAAUCGCCAUCCAUUAGCGCAGUUUCAGGCGCAUCUAAUGCAUCCGCCUCCACUUCUAUAUUAUCUUAUUCUUCCAAUUCUUGAUAUUAGUUAUCUAACAUUAAAUUUUCAUUCAUAAAUUUUUUAAAAAAAUUGCACCAAAAACGUCAUAAAUUAUAACAUAUUUUUUAUUUAGUCAUGUUAACUUAUAUUCAAUGUUUAGACUUUAGUUACCACAAAUCCACGACACUAUAUUGUUGCAAUUUUUUUAAAUCAAUUUUUAAAAAAGAAAUAUUUUUUAAAUAACUAAAUCUAAUGUAUUAUCGUUAUAUUUUUUAUAUAAAUAUCAAUAGGCAUUGCUUUGAAGCUCUAGAUAGAAGUAUGAGAGAUAUACUUUCUUGCUGUCAUGAUGGAAAUCCAAAAUUACCAUUUGGUGGAAAAACAAUUGUUUUUGGUGGAGACUUUAGACAAGUGUUGCCUGUCAUUCCUAAGGGCACAAGGCAGGAUAUUGUUCAAGCAUCUUUGAAUGCAUCACAUUUGUGGCAGUAUUGUACGGUGUUGAAGUUAACAAAAAACAUGAGACUCAAGAACUUCACAAAUGAAUUGGCCAAUCCGAGUAUUUUGAAGCUUUUUGCCGAUUGGAUACUGCAAAUCGGUGAUGGUGUUCUGGGAGAGGGCGAUGAUGGCGAAGCAGAAAUUGAUAUACCAGAAAAUUUUCAUGUUCCAGUAAUGUCUGAUCCCAUUGAAUCUAUUGUCAACACUACUUAUCCAGACUUUUUGAAGAACAUGAACAACAUCUCAUAUCUUGAAGGGAGAGCGAUUCUUGCACCGACAAUUGAUGAGGUAGACAGGAUCAAUGAUUUCAUGUUGCUGCAGAACAACUCAGAGGAAAAGACCUAUUUCAGUUCUGAUUCAGCGUGUUCCUCUACCUCAGACAGUGAGCUCCUUCAAGAAAUCCAUUCUCCCGAGUUCCUUAACGGAAUAAAAUGUUCUGGUGUUCCAAGUCACGAGUUGAAGCUAAAAGUUGGUGUACCGGUGAUGCUCAUGAGGAAUAUAGAUCACUCGGCCGGCUUGUGUAAUGGUACUCGACUUUUAGUGACAAAACUUGGUGAACAUAUUAUUGAGGCACAGAUGAUGUCUGGAACUAAUGCAGGUGAGAAGUUUCUUAUUCCCAGGAUUAGUUUAACCCCAUCGGAUGUGAGGCUCCCUUUCACAUUUAUGCGUAGGCAAUUCCCCUUGAUGGUUAGCUAUGCGAUGACGAUGAACAAGAGUCAAGGACAAUCUUUAGAAAAUGUGGGUGUUUUUCUACGACGUCCUGUUUUUACACAUGGACAGUUAUAUGUUGCAGUUUCGAGGGUGACAAGUCCGUCUGGCUUGAAGUUCGUGAUAUGUGAUGACGAGGGAAAUCAGAAAAAAACGGCAAAAAAUGUUGUCUACAAAGAAGUUUUCAAUAAUUUGUAGCUUGUGUGCUUAUUAAACUCAGCAUAUUUUUUAUUACAUAUUUACUGAUGCUUACUCAUUCUCUUGAUAAAUUAUAAUAUAUUCUUUAAUUAUAUUUAAAAUCGGAGUUUAUAAUAUAAGUAUUUUACACCCCGUGCAACGCACGGGUGGAAUACUAGUUUAAAACUUAAUA